AUCUCACACACCCCAGAGGAAGUUCAAGCUACAGAGAGAACAAUCACAACUCUGAAAGCUGACCCUAGAACGUCGGGGGUGGGGGAGCAGUCUAGGAGAACCUUUGUCUUUUCUAGCCCAGGCAUUUUACUAUUUCCUCUCUCCCAGGCCUCUGGUCAGAGGUGGUCUUGCUUGCAUCUUCACUGCCCAACUGACACAAACUGUGGUUCUGGUACGGCACCUCAGUGGUGGAUGGGGAGGUUGUGAAGACGAUUGCUUGUGAAAGCCAGAAAAAUGGUCUGUUCAUUUGACAUGGCAACUCUUCUUGGGAGGAUGCAUAGAUCGGAAAUUCAUUUAUUUCCCAAGUGUUUGUUGAGUUCUUGGUACUUGCAAGGCAGGGUACUGAGCCAGGAGCUGGAGAAAAGUCACGAAUUAGUGAACAUCCCUGCUCUGUUGGGGUUUACGUUCUAGUUUUCUGUUGCCUGAUAACCCAUCUUACGAGGAAAGCGUGACAUAUAUCGGCUGCUGGCAAAGGGCUGGGCUGAGAGCUUCAAUACUGGCUGUAUAACGCUAGGGCAUCUAAGAACCAUCACUCCCGCUCCAAGGCCCGGGUCUCCCCUUCCUCGGAAGCCCUUCGUGCGACCCCCUUCCCCAUUCCUCUCGGAGACUUGGGCUGCAGCAGCUUGCUCUCUACUCCAGCGCUAGCCCCGGAGGUGCUGGCGUAAGACGAACCGAAGAAAGGCGGCGGGGCGGGCCGGCCCCAACCCUGGGGUGGCUGGGCGAGCGCAGGUCUCCGGCGGGACCAGGAGCGGUUGAGCCCCGCCCCCGGCGCGGCUGCCAGCCGAGUGCGCACGCGCAGAGGGCCGCGCUCCUCAGGUGGCACCGCCCACCACCGGGGGACGUCGGCGGCGCGCGACGUCUUUCGCAGGAUAAAUGCGGUGGCGCCGGGCGUAGGAGCGCUUCGGCCGGGGCGCUUUUGGGCGUUCGGACGUUUGGUGGCGUUGCGGCCCGCGCCUGAGCCGGCCCUGCUUCUCGCUGUGCCAUGGCGGACGAGGGGAAGUCCUACAACGAGCACGAUGACCGUGUUAGUUUCCCUCAAAGAAGAAAGAAAGGCCGGGGUCCUUUCCGGUGGAAAUAUGGUGAGGGGAACCGUAGGUCUGGAAGAGGAGGUUCUGGCAUCCGGUCUUCCCGCCUGGAGGAAGAUGACAGAGAUGUGGCGAUGAGUGAUGCCCAGGAUGUUCCCCGAAUACGACACAACCCCUAUCCUUCCCGACCCAACCGUCGAGGUGACAGUUGGCAUGAUCGAGAUCGCAUUCAUGUUACUGUGCGGAGAGACAGAACUCUUCCAGACAGAGGAGGGGCUGGUACCAGUCAGGAUGGGACCUCGAGAAACUGGUUUAAGAUUACAAUUCCCUAUGGCAGAAAGUAUGACAAGUCAUGGCUCCUGAGUGUGAUUCAGAGCAAGUGCAAUGUCCCUUUCACCCCCAUUGAGUUUCACUAUGAAAACACACGGGCCCAGUUUUUCGUGGAGGAUGCCAGCACCGCCUCUGCGUUGAAGGCCGUCAACUAUAAGAUUGUAGAUCAGGAAAACCGAAGGAUAUCCAUCAUCAUCAACUCCUCUGCCCCACCCCAUUCGGUACAGAACGAACUGAAGCCGGAACAAGUCGAGCAGCUAAAGCUGAUCAUGAGCAAACGAUAUGAUGGCUCCCAACAAGCGCUUGACCUCAAAGGCCUCCGUUCAGACCCAGACUUGGUGGCUCAGAACAUCGAUGUCGUCCUGAAUCGCAGGAGCUGUAUGGCGGCUACCCUGCGAAUCAUUGAGGAGAACAUCCCUGAGCUUUUGUCCUUAAACUUGAGCAACAACAGGCUAUACAGGCUGGAUGACAUGUCCAGCCUUGUGCAGAAAGCACCCAACCUGAAGAUCCUCAACCUCUCCGGAAAUGAGUUGAAGUCUGAGAGGGAGUUGGACAAGGUAAAAGGGCUGAAGCUGGAAGAGUUGUGGCUUGACGGAAACCCGCUAUGCGACACCUUCCGAGACCAGUCCACCUACAUCAGCGCCAUUCGAGAACGAUUUCCCAAAUUAUUACGCCUGGACGGCCAUGAGUUACCUCCGCCGAUUGCGUUUGAUGUUGAAGCCCCCACGAUGUUACCUCCCUGCAAGGGAAGCUACUUUGGAACGGAGACCCUGAAGAAUCUGGUCCUGCACUUCCUGCAGCAGUACUAUGCGGUGUACGACUCUGGAGACCGGCAGCGGCUCCUGGACGCCUACCACGACGGGGCCUGCUGCUCCCUCAGCAUUCCCUUCACGCCCCAGAACCCUGCCCGAAGCAACCUGGCCGAGUACUUCAAGGAUAGCAGGAAUGUGAAGAAGCUCAAAGACCCGACCCUGCGGUUCCGGCUGCUGAAGCACACACGCCUCAAUGUGGUCGCCUUCCUCAACGAGCUGCCCAGAACCCAGCACGACGUCAACUCCUUUGUGGUUGACAUAAGCGCGCAGACAAGUACGUUGCUGUGUUUUUCUGUCAACGGGGUCUUCAAAGAAGUGGACGGAAAGGCUCGGGAUUCUUUGCGAGCCUUCACCCGGACAUUUGUCGCUGUUCCUGCGAGCAACUCAGGGCUGUGCAUCGUGAACGACGAGCUGUUUGUGCGGAAUGCCAGCCCUGAUGAGAUCCAGAGAGCCUUUGCCAUGCCUGCACCCACCCCUUCCUCCAGUCCAGUGCCCACCCUGUCCCCAGAGCAGCAGGAAAUGCUGCAGGCGUUCUCUACCCAGUCUGGCAUGAACCUUGAGUGGUCCCAGAAGUGCCUUCAGGACAACAACUGGGACUACACCAGAUCUGCCCAGGCCUUUACUCAUCUCAAGGCUAAGGGCGAGAUCCCAGAAGUGGCGUUUAUGAAGUGAUCUGUAGCCGUGCCCCAGAAGAAGCCCCCUGUAAAAUAGCCCUUGGAUAUUGAUGUCUCCUUGUCGUGGCUGUCGGCUCUUGUCUCCUCCUCUCUGGCCCCCAGGCCACCCCGUGACUGUGACCGAAGAGGGAGGGCUGCUGGAUCCCUCUCCUCACCUGCCUUCUGGAAGACUUCUGGGAGACUUCCAGGAGAUUGAGCCUCACUGGUGCCAGGAAGCCAAAGCUUACUUUGUAGAACUGACACUAAACUCCCUCGAAGGAUUUAGGUGCUUUGUGUACUUAACCCCAGAACCCGCCGUACUUUUUAAGAUAAAGAGUGAUAUUGUA